GACAUCGUUGCCGUUCCCUAAGGUUUCCGCAUAGAAACGGCGUCGUUCCUUUUCAUAUAGAAUGACAUUUUCUGUCGAGCUCUUUUCGAUCUGGGAAAUGAGAAGAACAGCAAAAUGGAUAGACAUAUCCAGAUCUUCUUGAACAAGAUCUCCUUCGUUUGCUUCACCAUUGCAACGCUGAUCCUCCUCCUCCUCUACCUCCGAACCCCCGACACCUGCGUAUACAUCACCGACGGCCGCCUCAAGCCCGACCAGCGCUUCCCCAGAUCCACCUGCGAUUUUCACUCACGCGCAUACACCUCCGUCGAUAAACGCAACCGACGCAUAUGGGCCACCAAGGCCUGGACCCAAAUCGUGCGAUCCUACACGGAUCUCUUCCAGCUCCUCCAGAACAAGCAUCUGUUCUCCGUCAAUUCCCGUGCCCUGGUGGUUUCCGCCGGCGGGGGCCACGCCGUGAUGGCGUUGAAGGAUCUAGGGUUGAGCGAUGUCACCGGAAUCGAGGUUGUUGACUCGCCGCCCCUGGUGAGCAAGGCGGAUCCUCACAAUUUGCCGUUUUUCGACGAUGCGUUUGAUUUCGGGUUCAGCCCGUAUUUGGACCGGGCCCUGUUCCCGGCCCGAUACGUGGAGGAGAUGGAGAGGGUAGUACGAGGUGGCGGCGCGUGUGUGGUGGCCGUGGAGGAGUGCGGGGAUGCGGAAAUGGAAGCGGUGGUGAAGUUGUUCAGAAAAUCGAAGUUCUUGGGGGCCAUGAAUGUGAGCUUGGGUGAGGAAAGGAAGACCAGGAUAGUGCUGAGAGUUAAAAAUGGAUAAAUUUUUGGGGGUUGUAUAUGGUUGUUUGUAAUUAAUAAAUACUAUGAACAGGUUUCAUUGAAUUUGAGCAUUUCGUUUGCAUCAAUCUUGUUGUUUUUAAGUGUGAAUUUACACAAUUUUACUGCAAUUAUUCAAAUCCUUGUACUGUUUUUGAAUACCAUUAUGAUUGAUUGA